UGGUGUGGAGUCAUGUAGUGUGUGGUCGUGGAUUAAUGGGCGAGUGUUUCAUGUGACCCAACAAUGCAGGACGUGUCAAAACAUUAAGAAGUGGGCAAGCCAUACUGAAGACAGCCAACAGGUCUCCAAGGAGACGUCAGUCCAGACAGAAGAGGAUAUUAAAGAGGAGCAGGAAGAGGAACCUAAAGGAUAUGGUUGCCCAGGUGACACCAGAGUUCACACCCUGGUGGCACCACUUUUAAACAGCCCUGAGGGAGAGGAAGAGGAUGAGGAGGAGGAGGUGCCCAGAGAGGAGCAGCGCGGGGCGGGCAAGAGGAGGCGACUGCACCCCCUAGUACUUCUGGAGGAACAACUUCUACAGGAGCAAAGUCAUGGAGAUUGGGAGGAUGAGGAUGAAGAAGCUGAGGAGGAGAGUAGAGGGGAGGUGCAAAGACAUGGAGGGCAGCAGGAGAAAGAGGAGAUGGGGAAGCAGGAGGAGAGAGACGAGGAGGUGAAUGAACAGCAGAAUGGCAAUGAUGAGCAGGAGAGAGGAAUACAGCAAGAGGAGAGAGGAGAGGAGAAGGAGGGAAAGCCAAAACGCAGCCAGAGGAACAGGAGGAUGAGAAGAAUGAGCAGUGAGGAAGAGUAUGAUGAGGAGGAGGAAGAGGAGGAGGAGAAGGAGGAGGAGAAAGGAUAUCAUGGAAACGCCAAAAGGAAGAAGGAGGAGGAGAGCGAUGAGGACUGGAUGCCUGAGGACGGAGUGUUGCCUCAGUUGGACCGCCCCUCCUCCUGCUCCGAGGAGUACGAGGAUGAUGAUGAUGACGAUGAAGAGGAACAACCGCGUGAGCUGUGCAGCGACUGCGGUAAAAUGUUCCGGAGUCAACCGGACAAGCCGCAUGUCUGCCUCCACAAAGCCAAAUCAACAACAUGCGGAAUAUGCGGUAAAGCAGUGCUGAAUGCACAGGGUCUCCGCCUACACAUCGCCCAAUUCCACCACAAACGCCCGCAGUGCAAGUUUUGCUUCAAGCAGUUCAGGUACGUUCAGGAGAAGCUUCAGCACGAGGAGACUCAUCAGGGAGAGAAACUGAAAUUCUACUGCUCAGAAUGCCCUGAGCGAUUCCGUACCCGCGAGAGCCGGAGUGCUCACAGGAAAACACACUGGACGCAUGGCAGGUACAUUUGUGAGGUCUGCGAUAAGGUAUUUAGUGACUUGCAUCACCUAAAAAGACACAAGCUGGUUCACACUGGAAAGAAGCCGUUCACGUGUAAAGUGUGCGAUCGCUCGUUCAACCAAGACGGCCACCUGAAGUCACACAUGCGCAUGCACACGGGAGAGAGACCCUUCAAGUGCCCGCAGUGUGAGAGGAGCUUCAACCACAACGUCAGCCUCAAGAACCACCUCCAGCGACACCACGGAGCCAAGACUGGCCCAGCUCAACAGGACCAACAGGAGGCUUCCGGAACGCAGCAGGAGGGUUCUAGAACUGACCAAAGGUCCAGAACAUUGGAGUAGACUUUGCAGAACAGAAUUGAGGAAGACACUAGACAUAACUCCAUAGCAUGUUCUAGAAGUCUUAGGUAAAUAUUCUGGAAAGUUCUGCCCAGAGUUCCUGAACACCUGAAUAGACUUUGCAGAGCAGGCCCGAGAGAAGCCAAGAGGUUAGGCAGCCAGCAGCAUGUUCUAGAACUAACAGAACUGAAGAAUGUUGAGAAAGUUCUGGGGAAAUCUGCCGAAUAUCCUCGAACAUUUAAACAGACGUUAAACUUUGAGAUUUAAGAUUUUUACAAUAUCAAUGUUUCAUUAGAAGCCACAAAAGGGCUUAUAGUGUUCAGGAGACCCAGCUGAUAAUACCACACAAUAGAAUAAUGUUCAGGAGACUGGUCAUACAAUGCGACGUAAUGUUACGCUGGUGCUCAUCUGUACCGGGUGAAGUCAAAAUCCUAACAGACGGAAAGACUAGAGGCGCUCUGAGAUUUGAAAUAAAAAAAAUACUAAAAGGCCUGUAAUAUAACACUGUAAACCUGUUUUAAAACACAUGGGACUACUAUACACAUUGUGGCCAUAUUGGCCUUCAUCAGGGCAGGCUCUGCACUUUCCUUCUUUUGUGGAUUAAUGUGUUCAUGUUUUGACCCUUUCAGUGGGUUUUAGAGUAUACAGAAAAUUACCUUGAAAUCCACUGACUCAAGCAGACCAGGUGAUUGUUAUUCAUCUGUGUGUGUGUGUGUGUGUGUGUGUGUGUGUGUGUGUGUGUGUGUGUGUGUGUGUGUGUGUGUGUGUGUGUGUGUGUGUGUGUGUGUGUGUGUGUGUGUGUGUGUGUUUGUGUGUUUACCGUACAUGUUUCAAAAACAAAACAAGCACCUACCUCAGAAAUGAUAUUGUUCUCGACCAUCUUAUUCUGAACAUGUUCUUUUUCAUAGACGUUAAAUAUGUAUUCUCCCCAGAAUUCAUACAGUUACUAUAUGGACAUGUAGUAGGCCUACCUGUCAUGGAAAACAACUUGUUUUCUAUUAAAGGUCUUAUUCUUGACGUUUAUAUUCCUCAGACUCUUAUUCAAUGUUUUUUUGUCCAUAGAAUAUUUUGGAUAUAGUUACUUUACUUUACUGUACUGUACUGUACUGUAUUAUACCAUUUGUUAUGGGAAACGAUGUGGCCUUUAGUUGAACAUUUACACUAUAGAUUAGCAGUUAUGCUAUAAAUAUACAGUAUACUAUAAGCUAGAAAUGGCCUUUAGUUGUUGUUGUUGUUUGUUACAUUUUCACUGAAACAGGUUGAUUUGUUUACAAAUAUCAUUAAUUAUGUCAUGCAUAUUGCUGUAGGCAGUUGAUCUGGCUAAAAGCAAAACAAACAAAACAAAAAAACUUUAUUGCUGUCUCUAUUUGUUUGUUCUGACUCCUUUUAAAUAUAAAAUAUUUUACCACAAAUGUGUCUGUUGUGAUUACUGCUGUCAU